UGCACUGGGGAAAAGGGUUACGGAAUGUCUGGGAAGCCAUUGCACUGUAAAGGCUCAGCAUUUCACCGAAUCAUCCCGAGCUUCAGGUGUCAAGGUGGAGAUUUCACAAAGGGGAAUGGCCCUGGAGGAGAAGCAAGCUAUGGCAUGAAAUUUGCAGAUGAGAAUUUCAAGCUUACACAUACCGGACCUGGUUGUUUGUCAAUGGCCAAUGCAGGACCAAACACCAAUGGUUCCCAAUUCUUUAUAUGCACGGAGAAGACUCCAUGGCUUGAUGGAAAGCAAGUUGUGUUUGGUAAAGUAGUGGAUGUAAGCGUUGUCAAGGAGAUGGAAAAAGCUGGCUCAGACAGUGGGAGGACUUUGCAACCAGUUGUGAUCGAAGACUGUGUUCAGCCAAAAGAAAUUGAUGGAGAACCUGGGAAUGAUGAAAAAUUUGAGGCACUCCUGAAGGAAAAAUUGCUUCAGUGUCAUGUUUUAUCAGAUUAUACAUUUUUGUCAAGGACUCUUAUUCAUGGGUCAAGCGAACGGAAUCGGGCAGGCAAUGGAGAUGGGGGUGGCCGAAAAGGAUUUAAAUGGACCAUAAAUGCUUUCCGUGGAAAAUUCAAGUUGGUUUUUGUGGAAAUUCUCCAUAGACUUGGUGUUGGUAGCAAUGAUCGGUAUGCAACCAUGAGAGCGGUUACAAUUUCCUCAUUUGGAUUUCUUCUUGUCAUCGCAGUCACCAUUAUUAGCUUUUGCGAUGGGAAUUGCAAUGUGCUUUGCAUUGAAAGUGAGAGACAAGCCCUUUUGAAGUUCAAGCAAGACCUUAUUGAUCAAUCAAACCGGUUAUCUUCUUGGGUUGAAGGUGAGGAUUGCUGUGAAUGGCUUGGUGUUUUCUGCAAUAACUUGACUGGCCAUGUCAAAGAGCUGCAUUUGGGGCUUCUUUCAUGUAGACCUGAUGUGCAUGCACCGCAUGCUGAAUGGGAUGUUGAAUGGGAUGUUUACAUUCGGUCAAAACUAGGAGGCAAAAUAAAUCCUUCUUUGAUCGAGUUGAAACAUCUCAGUUUCCUAGAAUUAAGCAACAACGACUUUGGAGGCUUGGCAAUUCCCGAAUUCAUUGGUUCCAUGAAGAGUUUGAUAUAUCUUAACCUCUCUUGGGCAAAUUUCCAAGGAGCAAUUCCCCAUAAUCUUGGAAAUCUCUCAAAACUGCAUUAUCUUGAUCUUGGACACAAUUCCCUAUUUGAAGAUAAAACUCUUCAAUGGGUUUCUGGUCUUUCGUCUCUGCAGUAUCUUGGUAAAGCAACUGAUUGGCUGCAGGUAACAAAUAAACUUCCUUUAUUGGCAGAGUUACACUUGUCAGGAUGCUAUCUAUAUAAUGAUCCAUCUCCAAUCAGUGUUAAUUACACAUCUCUUGCUGUUCUCGAUCUGUCUGCCAACAAGUUGUCUUUGGUGCCUACAUGGAUAUUCAGUCUUCGUAGUCUUGUGUCCAUUGAUCUUACCCUUAAUGGAGUUGAAGGUGUGAUUCCCAAUGGUUUUCAAAACAUGUCUUCUCUCAAAUUUCUUGAUCUUAGUUGGAAUUCAUUCUCUUCAUCAUCGACACUCAACUGGCUGUCUAAUUUAAACCAGCUUCAAUUUCUUGGUCUUCGUAGCGUCGGUCUGCAAGGUAAUUUUUCAAGUGCCAUUGGAAACUUGAGCUCUCUUACUCAUCUUGAUCUUUCAGGUAACUUGCUUGAAAUUAUAGUACCAAAAUAUUUGGAAAGUCUUUGCAAUCUGAGGGAGUUGGAUUUGUCAAAUAAUGGAAUUGUUCAUGAGGUAUCAGAAAUCAUAGAAAGUUUGUCUAGAUGUAGUUUGGAUCGAUUAGAGUCAUUAAACAUGGGAUUUAACAAACUUUCUGGCCAUUUACCUGAUAAACUCGGCCAAUUUAAAAAUUUGGCAUACCUUUCCCUUUCUGGAAACUUCAUUUCUGGUCCCAUUCCAUUCUCAAUAGGGAAGUUGUCAUCAUUGAAAUUUCUUGAUGUUUUAAACAAUCGAUUGAAUGCAACUCUUCCUCAAAGUUUAGGACAACUUGGGAAUUUGGAACAUUUAGACGUUAGCAACAAUAUGUUGGAAGGACAUAUAUCAGAAAUGCACUUUUCUAAUCUCGCGAGGUUGAGAUUUUUUAGGGCAUCUAACAAUAUGUUAACGUUUAAACCAAAUCCAAGUUGGAUUCCUCCUUUCCACUGUGAAAGUAUUGAAUUGCGUAACUGGCAUCUUGGUCCGCAAUUUCCUCAGUGGCUACAAUUCCAAAAAAACUUGUCUCGUUUGGAUAUCUCCCAUGCUGAAAUUUCAGUCGUCAUUCCCAUUUGGUUUUGGAACAUUUCGACUCAGUUGGAAUAUCUAAACCUUUCCCAUAACCAACUAAUUGGAGAGAUUUCAUAUUUACCGAUGAAGAGGACGGUUGACUUGAGUUCCAACCUAUUCAUAGGAUCACUUUCCAAUUUUCUUUGUAAUUCCUCAACUAAACUGGAAGCUUUGACCAUUCUUGACAUUGAAUCAAAUCUUCUGUCAGGUGAAAUUCCAAAUUGUUGGGAAAAUUGGCAAAUGUUGCAAGUCUUAAAUUUAGGAAACAACCAAUCUAACUGGGAAAAUUCCUAG